AUGCCUUCAGCAGCUACAAGCCACGAAUUCGGUGGCGGUUUAAUUUACGAGAACGAUAUAGAGGAGUUGGUCAAUCAACUGCGAGAAGCUGCCUCAACUCGCAAUUCUCUUUCCAAAAGUGACAUUACGGACGCGAUUGAAAAGCUCUCUCAGCACGCGUCAGUACGUGGCUUAGCCGAUGAUGUAUUGGAGAGUCUUAUCGGCAUAUUGACUGAAACGCCCUGCUACCUUGACCAAUCAGCCAUUAGCAAUAUCGUUAAGAUUCUCUUUCCACAGAGGAAGGUAUCAGAGGAUGUCGUGAUAAAGAUAGUUGGGUGCUUCGGUCAAGGACAAAGCAAACCAUCUCUAGCAACGCAGGCACUUUUGCUUCGUUGGUUGGUUAUGGUAUAUGACAUACUGGAAAGCUAUACUGCGCUUUCACAGCUGUAUGGAGUUCUCUUUAACUUAUUGGACAUGAUCACCUUGAGGAGUCAUUUGUGUCAUCUUCUUUCUCUCUUGACAAGACGAAAGCACGUGAAGCCUUUCCGCAUCCAAGCAUUGCUGGAAUUUAAGCGGAACCUGGGGAACGAACAGCCUCUAAAUGGUCUCCUCCAGGUAUUCAAAGAUUAUUACCCGGAUGUGAUUGUGGGCGACAUCACCCCCACGAAAGUUGGAUUGUUCUCGCAUCCGAAUCCUGAAUGGAUGCAGAAGCUACUUUUGAUACAAGAGUCAAGCGCAGCAGAUUAUUCUGGCCCUUCGGAGGCUUCUUCCUUUAGGAUAGUUAGGAAAGUAGGCGGACAAGGCACAAAACGGCAAAAAACUAAUCAUUUAGCACUUCCGGAAGUGCAUACAUUUCACGCCACUGAGGCUUCGGUUACUCUCGAAGAAGUGGAAAAUGUAGAUGACUUUGUGAAUAAGUUGGAUAAACUAGAGCUUCCGAAUCAGUUAGUGGCGGCUUUAGAAGACCCACUUCUCCGAAAGCUACUACAAUUGAAGCCUUCAGAUGCGGCAAUUUUACGAAUCAACAAUUGGCUAGCAGCAUGUUUAUCAGACGAGCUUCGAUCAUCUCAGACACCUACUCCUAGAAGCGCCGAUCGAACAGCAAAACUCCUAUCAAAGAUUCUAGAAUAUACACGUUCCACAAAAAAAUUGUUGCCAGCAGUCGAGGGGUUUUUGUAUCAAUAUCUUCAGUCCUGGGAUGGGAAAAGUCACAAAGAAUAUAUUUUGGGACUGCUGAGUUUUCUGCCCCUUCGCGGGUUUGAAGAAUUAUAUGAUAGGUUUUUCAAGCCGGUCGACCUAAGUUUGAGCACUAUAGAUUCCUCAACCGCUUCCUUGAUUAAUUUUUACACCGAACUUCUUCACCAAUGGAGGGUUACGUAUAGAAAUAGCGAGAUGCUUGAGGUAGAAGGGCUAGCCCUACGCAAGUACAUGGCCCAUGUUAGUCAGAUAUGUUUGGCAGGACAAGUGGCUUUCCCUGGGUCAUCUUUAAUACCUAAUGCGAUACUCUGCUUUUACGAAUGUGCAUCCUCGCUGCCCUGGCAGAAUGGGUUGUUUCGUAUUUCAUUGCCGCCAGACCAAUUGGUUUACAUCUUUUUAUUUGCCGGAGACGUUAUGAUGCUCUCCAGGAUAGCUGGCAUCCUUUCAAAAUACAAACGUGCAUUCGAGCUUACUCUCAAAAAGUCCUCCUCGGAUUCUGGGCCAGAAGAAUACCCCCGAGAAUAUGUGAAUCACUUUAACGGAUUUUUAAUGGAUAUCUGCAAUCUUGUGUGGAGGAAUCGUGCGUUCAAAGCAGGCGGACCAGAAUCAAAACAGGAUCAAAAUGCACAUGGAUGCACCCUUCCCGAGUAA